AAUCGGAAGCGUGAACAACUUCCAGUUGGCGGUGAACUCGUUUAGAGUUGACGUGUUCUAUGAAAUUUGGAGACAAGGGUGGACUGAUCGCUGAUCAACAUGGGUUCACUAAUAUCAAGAUUCCGUAAGAAACCAACAACCUUUGAAGUUUUAGAGAGUUUGGAAAAGGAAAUUGAGACAUUGCAGAAGUUCCGUCGCGAUAACCUUCAGAAACAGAAGAGCUUUAUCACCAAGUUGAUGCUGUAUUCCAUACUAAUGUAUAUAGUGGCCUCCGUUAUUUUCUAUUUUUACUUCUUCCCAAAUAACUGGAGGGACAGGCUUCUAUACUCUUCACCUCUUCUUAUCUUUCCAGUGCUUGUGUGGUUGAUUAGAAAAUUUCUGCACUGGUUCUUUGUAAAAAGGAUAGCUAAAAAUGAUUUAGCUUUACAAGAUUUGAAAGAAAAGAAAAAGAAAAUUUUAGAAGAUGUAAUGGAAACAGAAACCUAUAAAAAAGCCAAAGAAAUCUUAGAGAGAUUUGAUCCUGAGAGAUUUAAAGAAAUGCAGACACCUGCACCAUCAACCCCUAAACUUCCUUCGCCUGGGUCAGAUAUGAGACAACGAGUCAAUGCUAGGAUGGCUACUAUUGGACCAACAGGAGGUACACACCCCAGGCCGGCCACACCCUACCCUAGGGCUAAGACUCCAGGGAUGGGGCAACCUAUGCCUAAACCAUAUACAACUCCCAAUAUACCAGGGCAGAUCAGACCAAGAAUGUUAGCUUCACCACAGCAAGCAGGGCCCUCCUCUUUGACCAGGCCCAUACCCCCACGGGACCGAACAAAAAUGGACAGGGUGUUGGAGUAUCUGUUAGGAGAUGGACCACAACACAAGUAUGCACUAAUCUGUCAAAAGUGUGCAUCACAUAAUGGAAUGGCUUUGAAGGAGGAGUUUGAAUACAUUGCCUUCAGAUGUGCCUAUUGUCGAUUCUUCAAUCCUGCAAGAAAACAGCGGCCCACUGCACCAAAGCUGGACUUUGAAUCCCCUGUUAAAUCCUUAACAAAAUCAGGUAUUGAGGAGGAAGAGGAUGAAGAAACAGAAGAGAGUGAUACAGAAUCUAUAGAAGAAGAGGGAGAGGACAAGACAGCUAAUUCCACCUCCUCUACAAAAGAGUCCACACAGGAAAUGAAGGUUACCUCAACCAGUAUACUGAGGGAGGAACAAGCAGAAGAGAAUCCUGAUGAGUCCAUGGAAACAGACCAGACAGAACCGGUUCAGACUCAGCUUUCAGAUCACUCAGAACCAGAUGAUUUUCAACAUAUUGAUCCAGUGGAAGAUUUUCAGGAAAAAACAUGAUUUAUGCAGUGUUUAAAAUUGUAGAUUAGAAGGUUUUUUUCAGUAUGCAAAUUUAACCAUUUCUGCAAUGUUUAUCAUCUUUUUAUUUACAUUUGCUCUCUAAACCUUGAAGACUUUUUUUUUUGUCUUUGAAGCUAAUCGGUUGACAAGAUUUGAUGACAGAUUUUUUUUUCCAAGGAAGGAGUUGGGUGUAAUAAUACAUGAAGGACUUUAAACUGUAGAGACAUUUCUAAUUUUGCAGCUUAGUUUAUGAUGCAAUUGACAGUGUGUGACUGAGCUCUUGCCUUUUGUUCUGCAACAUUUCAUAUUUUAUUCUAAUCAUAAAGAUAAUUUAUAUACAUUUUGAAUAUUCCUGAAUUUUAUAAUCUACUACAUAUUCAUUGAUAUCAGCAUCAUAACAAAGUAAAUAGUAUAUUAGAAUAGAAGGAAGCUCAUUUGUUGCAGGUUUUUUCUUUUCUUCCCCCCCCCCCCUUUUUUUGCCAGUUGUGUAUUAUUAAUUAUAAAUUUAUUUAUAAUUAAUUUAUCAUAUAUCAUUUUAUGCUGCAAAAUACUCAUAAAGUUGAAAAGAAAAUCAAAAUUGUACUGAUAUCAUGAUAAAUAGUGUUCAUUUCUUGUACAGUAAGUGAAGUUUUUAAUGUAAAUGUAGGAAAAUCUGGUAAUUUGUUUGAAUUCAAGCAUGUAGUUUAGGUUGCACAUGUACAUGUAUGUACCUGUAACUGGUGAAAAGUUAAGUAAUAUACAGUUGAUCUUUGGAAUCUGGAACACUGAUAUCUGGAAUACCAUGGAUAUGUCGAAGUGAUUUGGAAGUCCCAACCCCGUAUUCUCUAAGUAUUUAACCCCGAUAUCUUGAAUCCUCAGAUAUCUCAAAGUUUUUUCUCAGUCCCAUUGAGUUUGAGAUAAUGAGGUUUGACUGUAGUAUCAUCUAAAAUUUAUUUUGUGGUUCUCGCUUCUUUAUUUGUGUUCUCUAUAGAAAAGAAAACUGCUGAAUCAUAAAAUUGAAUUUUACUACACUACUUUGCUGCUUCAUUAUAAGAAAAUAUUUGACUGUCCAAUAAGAAGGUGAUAUUUAGAUUUAUGUAAAGACAGCAACAAAAUUUCAUUGAAUAACCAUCUGUGUUCAAUAAUUUUUUCACCAAAGAUCAUUUAUUAAUGAUUAGUUUGAUUAUUUGCAAGGCAACUGUUUGGUGACUUUUAAUUUUCUUGUACAUUUGUCCAAGGUGUCUAUGGUGAAUAUAAUUUACUAAUCAUUUCAGGGAUAAUUAGAUUAUUAACUGCAGCUAAUUCUUAUUAUUGUUCCAGAGAAUAGCCAUGUUAUGUUUGUUAGCCUUAAAUGUUUUUUGUCAUAGAAGUAAAUUACUUUAAAUUUUUUCCUGAACCAAAGUACGCAAGAUGUUACUAGCGUGUCGAAGAGCUUGCGAGUGCAACUUUUAGCAACAAAGAAUUUGUGUGUUAAUUAGUGUAACUGCUGGGUAAAUCAGUUGUGGAAAUAGUGCUAUUUUUCUGUCAAUUUUCAAAAACGUACUAAUAUGCUAUUCAAACCUAUAUAUACUUUUUUUUAAUUAACUUGGAAUUGUAUUGUAUCUAUUAUCUCUAUGAUUUUCAUUGGGUUAGGAGGAGUAAGUCUAUUAAUUUCAUUAUUUUGUUAUGGAUAUUAAGCUAAUUUUUGCUGAAUUCCAACAAUUUUUGUUUGUACUUCUUUGGAAUAUUUUUAUAUUCUGAGGAUUGAGUGUGUAUUAGUGUUCAAGUCAAGAAAUGUUUACUUGUAUGAGAUCAGGAGAGGGAAUUAAAUACUUAUUUAUUUUUACUUGUCAGAAUGCUCACAUUCCAACAUACCCUAUAGUGCUGUGUUUAUUAAUUUAUAUUUAAGUAUGAUUGUAUGAUAGUCCAUGUGUACAUGAAUAAAUAAGUUUGAUUUACACCCUUUAAUUUAAGUGCAAAAAUGAAAUGAAAAUUAAGGAGGAAACUAAUCAAUGUAUUUCAUUUUGUAUGUGCCAUUUUGUGUUUGAAUUUUUAUAGUACUUGUAUGUGUCAUUUAAGCUGCUCUUGUUGCAUUUUAUCACAUUGUGCUUAUUAGUUGUAAAACAUUUCUGUUCUUGUUUAAUAGACCUGCCUACUCUCCUGGUUUACCAGUAAUUUUUAUGAUUUUUGACACCCUAAAUUAGCUCUACGAUUUGAAAAGCUAAUUCAAAAUAUUUAGAUCUUAAUUUAUGAAUAAUAACCCUUGAGCAGUUAUAUACUUUUGGAGUGAUAAUGUCUAGACAUACAUUUAACAAGCAUUUAGAUUACCAUGACUAGAUGUCCUAUUAUAUGUACAAAAACAUCAAGAUUAACAUUUAUAAACAGUAGUUUUGGAAAUAUUUUGGACCUCUACUUAUCCCAAGAGUUGUUAUGACUAAGUUGAUUUUAAAACAUAUUUUCUGUGAGUACAACAAUGACUUUAUUUGUUUAAACUGAACUUGUUUAAAUUUUCUGCAUUAAAAGUAGAAAAUCUGCUGCAUAAAAUUCAAAUCUUAUGGACAAAUUGAUAGAAAACUAUGGAAAACAUCAGUAGGCAGGUCUUUUAUUAUGUCUUGUAGUCCUCAAGAGUAACCACCUUCUCAAAGUGAAUUUAUUCCAUGUGGCAUAUAAAGAAAAAAAAGCAGAUUUAUUCAUGGCAGUUGUUUUUGUACUCUGCAUAAUAUAAUUUUUUUUCAUUGUUUCUUAAAUUUUACAGUAGGAUAGUUCAAAUCAUCAUUUCAAUAUAUCAUUAUAUAAUAAAAUUAAGUACAGUCUAGUUUGAUAUGAAUUAUGUUCAUGGAAUUUCUUUAAUUAUAUUCCAUAUAUAAAAUUUUGAUUCUGAAUAGAACUGAGUGUAGAGUCUAGAAAAGUUUAAUAUGUUGUUUGUAGUAAAUUAUGUUCUUGUACUAGUCACUGAUGUAUGGUAGCUCUACUGAUUUUUGUCCCAUGCUGUGUUGUCAAUUUUGUGCCAAUUUUGCCUUUUUUUCAAGUGCAGUAAAACCUGAUGUUUGUUAAACACCCUGUACAUUGACACUGCAUUAAAAACUUUUACCUAAAAUAUUGAAUAUUAGAAUGUAGAAUAUUAUCUAUAUUCUGGAACAGUGUGUUACCCAUCAGAAUCAUUGUAUAAUAUUGAAUAUAAGAAUGUAGAAUAUCAUCAGUAUUCUAGAACAGUGUGUGAUCUGUAAGACUCGUUUGAUUUUGGCAUAAAAAAAAUGAAUAGUGUCAUUCAGGAUCAAAUCACAAAAUAUACUUGUAUAUGUAUGUAAAUGUUCAUUAAUUAAUGUUUGUACAUGUUGGAUUAAAAGUUAAAAACAUCUACAAGCAUCAAAUCACCUGGUAAAUGCUGUAAGAAUUAUAUCCACCUUGACCAUGUCAUUUUUCGUAUGUUAAUAUUUAUAUAAUAUAUUAAUCUUCGUUUGAAUUUUUUGUAUUGUAUGGUAUACAAAUAGUUCAUGCAUGAUUAAAUUGUUGAAUCUA